CGUUCGGCUACCACACGCCCCAAUACUAACCCCUUGGACCUCUCUAAUCACUCUCUCUUCUCUUAAUUGUUUUCACUGCAAAACACUUUGAUUCCUCUCUUUUACAUUUCCAAUCUCUCUCAAUUCAUCAAUCACCACAAUGUCUUGGCUCCUCAGAUCCACCAAGACCAAGCUUUUAUCUUCCUCUUCUUCACUUUCUAGAACCUUCUCCUCCAUCCCCCGCUCCACCAAUCAGAUCGAACCUCUCUCUCCCGUCGCCGCCCAACUCUUCCACCCUACCACCUCUACUCUUCCCACUGCUGAUGAAAACCCUACCAAGGUACACGCUAAUGGUCUCCCCAACAAUCCAGCGAAUAAGCUUGGGGCUUUGAGAUACCAGGCUUUUGGACUGGACACUAAUGUGCUGGCUGGAGCUAGAUAUGCUACUAUAGCUCGUGCUGCCAAGAGUCCAAUGUUAUCAGGACUCAAUGCUUUGAUGGCAAGGAAUUCUGAGAGAAGUGUGGGUGCUGACCCAUUGGGAUUGGCUGUUCAGAGACGUUUUAUGAGUGACAUCCCAAGUAAAACCAGUGAGACAAAGCCAUCUGGUUUUCGCCCAUUAUCUCCUCAUCUUCCUGUUUAUCAGCCCCAGCUUUCUUCAACGCUUUCAAUUAUCAAUAGAAUUUCUGGAGCUUUCCUAUCUGCUGUCGUCUUGCUUUUUUACAUGAUAUACAUGAAAACGGGUUUGGUUAGUCUCACCUAUGAUUCAUUCUACCAGUUCGUAUUCUAUUCAUCAAAACUCAACCUACUUGCUCUUGAGAUUUCUGCCUUAGCCAUGUCCUAUCAUCUGUAUAGUGCAAUUCGUCAUUUAUUCAUAUGAUAUCACAGUCACAACGGAUACCUGAACAGUGUGUUUGGUCCAGAGAUGGAACUUGCUUGCUUCAACCAUGGUAGCAUGCUUUCUACUUGUCAUAAGGAGUUCCAUUAGGCAAUGUGAAUUGGCUUUAUGUAGUUUUGCUAUUAUCAACUUAAUAAUUACUAUUUAGGUAGAACUUCAUGUUUAAUGCUAAGCAUGACUACAUCUGUUUUGCAUCUGAAAUUUCGGUGUAUUUUUUUGCACCCCCUUAAAUUGCAAGUAACUGUUGCAUUCAAUAAAGCAUUUGAGUUUAGUGACUCUUAAACUAUACUAUCACUUAUGCGACUGAUAUUGCAGGAAAUUAUUUUUAUUCAA